AACAAAUAGCGGCCUCGUAAAACUGGACGUGCUGUGCGGGGAGCGGAGCCUCUGGGCCGCCGGGUGAGGCGCGGGCUGCCUGGGCGCCGGGGCGCGGGAGCGAUGCCCGUGGGGGCCAGCACCGCGCUGCGCGGCGGCGGGGUCCCGCCGGGAGAGCCGCUUUAAAGCAGCGCUGAGCAAUCUCAUUUUUCACACGUCUCCUGUAGUCAAACUGCCCCUGUCAGAGGAAAGGAGUUGCUUCCUGUUAUUUCCAUUGAAAUACUUGUCCCGGUCGUUAGCCGGCAGGCUUUUGCAGGAUGGCACCGCGCGCGCAGACGGGCUCCGGCCGGCUCUCCCGAGGGCUCCUGCUGCUCUGGGCACUCCUGGGGACUGGGCUCUGCCACACAGGCGCCGAGGCGGAGGGCUUCGGCCAGGAUGCCAGGACGAGCCCGCCCGUGGCCAUGUUCAACUGGACAGCCCAGCUUGUGGAGGAGACCUACACCAACAUCACGCAGAAGUGCUGGGAGUUCUUUGUCGACCUGAUGAGGAACGUGACGGCGUCGGAGCUGUGUGAGUGGAAAGUCAUCAGCAGGCCCUACAGCUUGCUGCAGGCCUGCCUGGAGGGCUGGGCCGACCACCUGCGCUACGGCUACCCCAACGCGCUGGCGGAGCAGUACAUCUUCCAGAGCCACCACCGCUACUUCCACAACUGCACCCUGGAGCACCAGAUCUACUUCGACCCGCCCGAGGAUGUGCUGCUGGCCAUGAUCAUCGCCCCCAUCUGCCUCAUCCCCUUCCUGGUCACCCUGGUCAUCUGGCGCAGCAAGGACGGCAAGGCCCAGCCCUAGCACCGCUGCCCGGGCACCCGCAGCCGACCGCCGGCUGCCCUGCCCCGUGGCCUGCGGUGGGCAGAAAGUGGGCAGCGGCGGCCCUGCGGGUCCUGCGCCCGGGCGCUGCCCCACGCUUCCCGCCCCCCCGGGCUGCAGGGCCACCGCAGCCGUAACCUCCCGGGGUUACCGGCACACGCUGCCAGGGUGGCCGGUUCCCGCUGUGCCGCCGGCGGUGCCCUCCCCCGACCCCGCUCCACCGCCGGCCCCGCGGCUGGGGAUUAAACGCUUCUUCCCCCA